AUGUCUACUGCCGUUGAAAACACCACCGAUAACGUCGCCGCUACCCCCGCCGCCACCGCCCCGGAGGCUACCACCAACGGCACUGCUCCUGCUCCUGCCCAGUCUACGGACGCGGCCGCUGCCAGUGCCGAUGAAGGACGUCGGUUGUACAUUGGGAACCUCGCUUAUGCGACCACUGAGGGGGAGCUCAAGGAGUUCUUCCAGAACUACAAGAUUGAGAGCGUCUCCAUUCCUGUGAACCCCCGUACCAACCGUCCCGUUGGCUAUGCCUUCGUGGACUUGGCCACCGCUCACGAGGCGACCGCUGCUAUCGAGGAGCUGUCUGGAAAGGAGAUCCUUCAGCGCAAGGUCUCUGUGCAGCUCGCCCGCAAGCCUGAGCCUGCUGAGGCCAAGGCUGAGGGUGUCGCAAGUGGCGGUGAGGGCGCCAGCGGUGCUGAAGGUCGCAAGAGAUCUGGUGGUCGUGCCCGUGGCCGUGGCCGUGGCCGCGGUCGUGGUGGCCGCCUGCCCCGUGGAGGACGCUCGCCCCCGGCCCAAGCUGAGCAGGCCCCUACGGAGCCCAUCAACGUUCCUGGUCAGGUCGCCCCCUUGACUGAGGUCACCAACCAGAACGAGACUGUUGCCGCCCCUGAUGCUGCCAAGCAGGCCGGCAAGCCCCGUGCUCCCCGUGCCCAGAAACAGCGUGGCCCUCCUGAGGAUGGAAUCCCUUCUAAGACCAAGGUUAUGGUGGCCAACCUUCCCUAUGACCUGAGCGAGGACAAGCUCAAGGAGAUCUUCGCCGACUACCAGCCCGUUUCCGCCAAGAUCGCUCUCCGCCCCAUCCCCCGCUUUAUGAUCAAGAAGCUUCAGGCUCGCAACGAGCGCCGCAAGGGUCGUGGCUUUGGCUUUGUCACUCUCGGUUCCGAAGAGCUCCAGGAGAAGGCCGUGAACGAGAUGAACGGCAAGGAGAUUGAGGGCCGUGAGAUUGCUGUCAAGGUUGCCAUCGACAGUCCUGGCAAGGAAGAUGAUGCCGUCCCGGAGACUGAAAAGACCGAGAAGACCGAGGAGGCCACCGAGGCCACCGAGGCCACCGAGGCCACCGAGGCUCCGGCUCAGGAGAAUGCUGCUCCAGCGGCUGCUGCUGCUGCUGCUGAGUAAAGGACAAGUCCGUUCCCCACCUGAACGAGUGAUCCCUGAUGGAAUAAUCAGGGAGGGACCGAGGUGACGACAGAGUCGGGACCCGUCAUCUGGAAGCGGUACUUAGUCGUGGUCGUUCGUCAGGCGGCGAGUGUUGUCAUUCUUCUAGUCGGGGGCUGGACAGAUGACAAGACCGCCACCGAAAACGUUCUACUGAAAAAGUUGUGGACGAUUUCAUCCUGAUUGAGUUGGUCUACGCGGGAGGAGGGGGU